AUGCCCGGCACCCAGGCAGAGGCCGCUUUGAGGACAGGCCAGGAGGACUACCGCGCAAAGCGCUACAAGCACGCGUUGGAACAGUUUACAAGGGCCAUGCGCUUGUGCAAAUGCAACCGCGGCUUGAAGCGAGAUCGUUGCGCCUGCAAGAAUUUUGAGGCGGUGGUAGAAAAGAAUGGUUCCAUCUUUCACGAGGCCAUGUACACUUGCACUUGUCCUGUCGGCAAGACAUUUAACAAAUGCGACAACCCUGUCCAUAUCAAGGCGUUGGACUACCGGGCAGCCACGUUUGAGUCGCUCAAGGAGCUCGAUCGUGCCAGACGAGAUGCGGAAUGGAUACUGGAGCUUGCUCCUCGCUUCCCCGAUGGAUAUCUAAGGCUAGGCAAAAUUGCUCGACUUCAGAAGAAAGACGAAUUCGCCUGGAAAGUAUACAGUGCUGGCGUCGAUGCAGGCAGUGUUAGUCGCAUGACCAACAGCCCAAAAUUCCAACAAUUGUAUAGUGCUCGAAGCAAGCUUCAUCUUCGGUUCUGUCGCAAAGACCCCGUCUUCCUACCGUCAGAACUGUUUAUCUGGAUUCUCUCAUACUGCAAUCUGAGGCAGAGAGUACGGUGUCAAAGAGUCUCCAAGCAGUGGCAGCGGACAAUCACGUCACGCGACUUUGCCAGUCUGUGGAAAGACCUCGACUUCACAGGCCCUUCAACGCCCCGACGGCCACCGCGCAUAGACUUUUUGAAGAAACUCGUCGCCAGCGCUGGGCGCGAUGUGCGAAGAAUAGUGAUUGAAGAAAAGAACCACCGGUUCCAACUCUCCCAAGCCAAGCUCUUCGCACUGUUGAUGGGCGCCUCGCGGCUGGAGCAUCUCGAACUAAGCUUUCCGGAUCACACUCUUAAAAUACCACCUACCGCCGGCCUUUGUAAAACCCUCAAAACGCUAUCCUUACGGCUGUUCACAGCAGAGCCAAAGAAGAGUAUUGUCGGCCUGGAUUAUAUAUCCGUUUCGGCAUAUCCAUUUGAGCUGUUAAACCCCGUGGCAGAGACAAUAGAAACGCUUCAUCUCUCUGGACUUCCUAUGAGCUGGUUCCGAGAGCAGGAUGUGCCUUUGAUGCCGAAACUAAAAAACUUGCACUUGCAGAUGCGCCCCGGAUCAACAGCCAUGUGUCCGAUUCUACAUGUUGGCACAAAAACGCCUGCUUUAGAACAACUAUGGCUGCAAGACACGCUACCCGACCGUUCUAACGAUUGGGAAGAUCAAUGGAGCAAGCUUUGGCCAAACUUCAAGGGGCUCGUUGUCGCUGGGGGCAACUCUAGCACAGCCGCUCGCUUUGCCACUACCCUCAUCAUUUGCCUCUUUUCAUCGCUGAACCAUGGCCACAAGCUGGAGUAUAUCGAUCUGGAUCUGCCGUGGAGCCCCAACCCGGAUGCCAUCGCCAUAGAGCCCCUCACUCUUAACCCAGGCCCAGCGAUUCAGAAGCUCUGGAACAUGACUGGCACUCCGCUCGACCCCGAGAACAACUGGCGGAACGAGUACAAAAGCCUCAAGGCAAUCAGGCUGGCCAACGCCGUGCUGGACCCGGAGAGCCUGCAGCAGGUGGCCCAGGACCAGGCAGCCGCCGGCCAACUUGACACGCUGGACAUCGUGUUUCCGCCAGAUUCCCUCGCCUCCCCGGCCGGCGCCGCUAGCUCGGCCCAUCUCGCAAAGUACGCUUGGCUCGCCGGGGCGCCAGGACUCCGCUGCAUGGCCCUUUCGCACUUUCGGUUCCGCUCGUUCCCCCGCACGCCGGAGGACCUCCCCUUGCCGACGUUCCUCGCGACGUUUCCGGAACUCGAGACGCUCGAGAUUCGAUCUGAUCAUUACGAGGAACCGGAAAUGUGCUCCGUGAUUUCGGCCAUCAUCAAGGAAACAAAGACAAUCAAGGUCAUAUACCAGAACCAGAUACGAGGUGCCCUGAUGGACGGGCUCGGAGCGGCGGCGGCAAAGCACGGUGUCAGCGUGGUGUUUGGCGAGCGGCCGAGGGAAUGGCCUGUUCGGGUCACGUCGUCGUAG